AUGAGGAACACUUACCUCACCAGAGAAGAUAAAAAGCUCAUGAAGCCAGUGAUAGAGAAGAGGAGACGGGACAGGAUAAACCAGAGCCUGGACCAUCUGAGGACACUUCUUCUGGAGGCCACUCGUGAUGAGUCCUUAAAAAAUCCUAAAACUGAAAAAGCUGAUAUACUGAAAAAGACCGUGCAGUUUUUGAAACUGUGUCAUAAUUCAGGUCCAGAAGAUGCCAAAACUACUAAGUUUGAGUUCAAAGGUGGGUUUCAAGAAGGAAUGAGCCAAGCCACCAGCUUCUUAAGCUCCACAGUCAGUAUUUGUGGAAAGAAGAGAGACUAUGUUGUAGAAAAACUAUGUCAACACAUGGAGGAGAGGGGUCCCAAUGAGUGGAAGAAAACCACAUCAGAUAACUCCUUCAGUGUUGACCAGAGACAACUCAUAGAAAGCCCACCUCAAAUCUCACGGCUCCCAGAAGACACCCUGAAAAUAUACCCUGAAACCCAACCCUGCCAACCAUUUAUCCAUUAUCCCUCACCCUCCAAUUCAUCUGAAACUCCCUCUUUUGGACAGGUCCCACAGUCUCCCGCACACAAGACACAACCCAACAGCUGUAGAAAGUCUGUCCAAAGAACUCUCUUCCCUCCUUCAGCCUCUAUCUCCUCCCUUGGCCCGAGCCUUGUCUGGAGACCCUGGCCCUAGAUUUUUAUUUCAAAAACUUUUUACUUUUUUUUGUAAAUAAGCAUUGUAAAUUUAAAUUAUUUUUUAUCUUUGCUACCUAUU